CACGGUUCGGACGCAAAAAUCUGACAAGCUCAACAUCCUUCAGCUCAAUGUCUACCGCCAUGUCCACCAUGUCUGGCAUGUCCAUGCCUAUGGAAUCCAUGGCAAGCACUGCGACCAACACCGUUAUGGCUUCAGCGACCAGUACGAUGGAUUCAAUGAGUUCGAUGGGCUCUCUGGACCACAUGGACAUGGAUAUGGGCAGCAGCAUGGGCGCGUGCAAGAUCUCAAUGACAUGGAACUGGAACACCAUUGACGCCUGCUUCCUCACCGAGACCUGGCACAUCAAGACGCGCGGGCAGUUCGCGGGCACCUGCAUCGGCGUGAUCCUGCUAGUCAUGGUACUCGAGCUCCUGCGCCGCGCCUCAAAAGAAUACGACCGGUUCCUAGUGCGGCAGCACCAGCGCGCCUACCACGCCGCCUCCAGCGGCAGCAGCAGGCCGACCACCGGCAUCAAUACCCCCGAGGAGGGCAAGCUGGUCGCCAACUCCGCCGUCGCGCGCAGCACGACUACUGGCGCCGACGCCAUCACUCCCGCCAGAGCCUCUUGUGAUGUCCCUCCUAUUACUGCAGACACCAAGACGUCCCCUGCAAAACCUACUAUCGCUUCCCAGGACUUCGCUAUCCGUGCUAAUGUCCAAAACGCCUUGACCGCGGCUGCGGCGCCUCGCUUCCGCCCGACGUUGGUGCAGCAGCUGGUUAGGGCUCUGCUGUACAUGCUCCAGUUCGCGGAUGCGUACAUCAUUAUGCUACUGGCGAUGUACUAUAACGGGUACAUCAUCAUCUGCAUCUUUAUCGGCGCAUUCCUGGGCCGGUUCGCGUUCGAUUGGGAGAGCUUUGGCUUGUGAGUACUGAGUUGUCUCCUUGUAUUGACGUGGAUGCGGGCUGUUAAGCGGUGUGCUGACGGCGUUUAAUAGGGGUCUGGAUGGCCAUGGCCAUGAUGUGGAGGAUGUUACGCGUUGCUGUGGUUAAGGGAUGAUGCGGUGCUAUCUAUUAUUACAAUGGCAGGGGUAGUUUUGCGGCUGGAUGAUGGAUGAGGAGUUAUGGAUGAGGAGUUAAGGAUGAGGAAAACUGGCUCUUGCAACUACUUUUCGGAGCUUUAUAAUGACAAUCAGCAACGAGAUUGCUGUUUCUUGGGAUAGGUGCUGGUCGGGUUAAAUGUGGCUGAUUUGCGACCGCAUAGAGAACUUUAUGUGGAGGCAGGAAUGUCUGUUUGUCAGUAUUAUCAUGGCGUUUU